AUGACGAGCGAGGUGAUAGAGGACGAGAAACAAUUCUAUUCCAAGGCCAAGACGUACUGGAAGGAGGUCCCGGCCACCGUGGACGGCAUGCUCGGGGGGUAUGGCCACAUCUCCAGCAUCGACAUCACCAGCUCCCGGAAGUUCCUGCAGAGGUUUCUGAGGGAAGGCCCAAACAAGACGGGAACCUCGUACGCCCUGGACUGCGGAGCCGGCAUCGGAAGGAUCACCAAGAGGCUGCUCUUGCCUCUCUUCGGAGUGGUGGACAUGGUGGACGUGACGGAGGACUUUCUGGUCAAGGCCAAGACCUACCUGGGUGAGGAAGGCAAGAGAGUGAGGAACUUCUUCUGCUGCGGCCUCCAGGACUUCAGCCCGGAGCCGCACUCUUACGACGUCAUCUGGAUCCAGUGGGUGAUAGGCCACCUGACCGAUCAGCACCUGGCCGAGUUCCUGCGGCGCUGCAAGCGGGGCCUCCGCCCCAACGGCAUCAUCGUCAUCAAAGACAACAUGGCCCAGGAGGGCGUGAUCCUGGAUGAUGUGGACAGCAGCGUGUGCCGGGACCUCGACGUGGUCCACAGGAUCGUCCGCAGCGCGGGCCUCAGCCUCCUGGCCCAGGAGCGGCAGGAGAACCUUCCGGACGAGAUCUACCACGUGUACAGCUUAGCCCUGAGAUGAGCGGGGCUGGCAGGAGAGAGGGACCAGUGUGGGUGGGGGAGGACUGGCAGCUGCACGCGGUCCACACGCUCAACCUCGAUGGUUCGGGGGUGCUGAGCGGGGCCGCGAAAUAUACCUGUCUGCCGUCCACUCACUAUACAGACUCUUAUUAAAAAGGCAUAAGGGGACCCAGUCGGGAGGGGUGCCACUGAAUGGGGCAGCGAGGCCCGAGUGAGCGGCGGGGACUGGGCCCUGUGGACCCAUGCGACCCCUGGGCCUCCGAUGCUCGCCUCGUGGGAAUCCGGCGGUCCCAUCAGAAGUGAGACUCCCUGCUCUCCAGUAACAGCACCUGGCCUUCCUGCCACAGGCCUGGCUGGCGUAAGAGGAAGAGAGUAACCACUAAAGCGGUUGCCGAGGACCUUACACCUCCAGAGGGGAGGGGAGCGGAGCUGGGCCCGUGGAGCCUGCGGCCCUCAGCACCCUCCUGCCUGCGCUGGGCCUACGUGGUGCCUGCCGAGCGGUGCAGUUGAUGGGAUGUCCACGUUCCGGGUGCUAUUGGGAGAUGGGGCCCUGGGGCCCUUAACGUGAUCGUCACCACAGCCUGCACGGAGGGGAGAGGCCUGGAGCUUCCCUCUCGGCUGUGCCUUGUGGCUCCUCCUUAGGGGGCAUUUUCAGUCAAAAAUAAAAGGGUGAACCCCUGUACUGGAAAGGC